AGCGUAUAUAUUUUCUCGUAGAGAUUUCUAACAGCUCAUCGCAAAGUCUACCGACGUCCAGUCCACCUAGACGUAUUGCUCCGACAACGGCGGCGAACCUAUGCGGCCUAUGUUGAAGGUGCAGACAGUAUGAGUGUCGUUCGUACCUGCUUGCCAUGCAGAGUCGCAAAGGCGAAGUGUGAUCGUGUUCGUCCCAUUUGUGGCCGCUGCACGCAACGAGGCCUGACUUGUUCUGGCUUUCCGGCAGACACUGACUUCAUGUUUCGGGACGAAAACGAAGCGUCGCAGAAGAACUCGGAACGAGCAAGGAGGGAAGUGAGAGAGGGUAAGGCGCCUGCAAUGUCGUUCGACGUCCUACCGUCUCAGGUACUCCAGGAACAGCACCCACAAGCAUCCACACACGUCGUCGAGCCCGGUCUGCUAUUACAGUAUCCAUGGCUUAGUGACAGGGCACUCGCUGAGGUACCGGGCCCUCUGAAAAGAGAUGUUGAGACUCGGGCUGUUGCUCGGUUCUUCGUCAACUGGACCUUGUAUCCGGGCAACGACGGAGUAGUUCCCGGACAUAUGCACGACCUUUACCCACUCUACCUCAGUGCCCCUCCAGGAUCGGUCCUUUGGCUAGCCGUCCGAGCUGUGGCCUGUGCCGACAUGAGGCAUGAGAGUGUCGGAGAUACUCCUUUCCAUAUCAAGGCACGACAGUAUUACGGCGCCGCUUUGAAUGGCCUGAGAGUGGUCGCACAUGAGGAGCACAGACUGGCCAGUGACCAAGUUCUGGCUGCCAUCCUACUGAUUGAUAACUUCGAGAAGAUGUAUCUUGCACGGAUCGGGCCGCUUGGACCUCAUAGAGACGCUAUCAAACACAUCCUCCAUAGCGGAGGUAACGACUAUCUCUUCAAUCAAUCUAGCUUCGCUCUCGGGUGUCUAGCACAUAAACGCCUUCAAGCUCGGCAAAUCCUGCUUCGUGAAGAACCCGAUCCUGAGCAGAUAAUGUGGGUGAGCAAGCUGAACGUUGAUCAGCCCGACAUCCAUAUUACUGCUGAUGUUCUCCAUAUGAACAUUCUCUUUGCUGCGGCUAAGAAGCUGACGGAGAGCGGCGAGGAGGUCGGGAGCUCUCUAGAGGAAAAGGUAGAACAGUCAACACAACUGGCGCACUCAAUCCAAAACCUGAUUGCUUCUAUCGAGAGCUGGACUUCGGCGAUGACGGGGUUGUGGAAGCCAGAGGUGACGGAUCCACAGCAAAUUGCGCAACCUCGUGAGAUGGAUGAGCCAUUUGACCUUCCUAUUCCCCAUUUUCCAUAUGCACGUAUGCUCAGUUACCACAACCUUUGGUUGGGAUGCUUGUGGAACUUUCAUGCUGCAAGCCAGAUCGUUCUACGGGAGUCGUUGGUCGAUGUGAUCAACUACGGUGCCACAAUACAUGGGCGCGAACCAGAUCGGGAGAAUAUGGAACGAAUUCAUACGGAGCAGGAAGCUGUCGACAAGCUGUCUUCUGUGAUCAUGUGGUCAAUCCCUCUGCUCUUGGGCUUUACACGCAGAUAUGACUCGCAUCCGCGUUCACCUCCGCCUGGAAAGAUGGUGGGAAGGUUGUUCUGUCUUUGCUCGAUGUGGGUGAUCCAAAAGGCACGGUUCACAUCACUUGAGCACAAGCAGACCGCUUCAGAAGUCACUAAAUGGAUCAACGACCGUUACAGACUGGGUUAAUGCAGCGAAUUCAUGCCGUGUGUCUCACACUCUUGCUAAGCUUUAUGGAAUGAUUGAAUAGUUGAAAACAG